GAAACGUAGCGGUCAUAUUCUACAAUAGAAACAAAUAAAUUAAGAAAUAAAACGAUUUAAACUAAAAUAAAUUUCGAAAUUACAAAAGGAAGUUCAGAAAAUAGAAUCAACAAGUGGCAGCAUAUUAAAGUGUCUAAAAUAAAACUGCCCUCUCUAUUUGGCGUCAGUUUAAAAUUGCAAACAGAAACAAAUUAUUUUUAAACCAUUGACAUUUUCGUUGGCCCCAAAUAAUUUACAUAAAUACAUUAAUUACAUUAAAUCCGUGUAAACCCUCCUCUUUCCAAAGUGUAAACAUUUAAGAGAGUUGUCAAAAAAAAAGUGUUAAAAUUUAUGUUUUGAGUAGUUAAUUAUGUUGUUGUUAUUACGUUUUUAAACUAUAACGGUUUUGAGUUUAAAUUUUAAAAAAAUUCCUUUUUGUCUCUUUUAUUAUCCAUUUCUCUCUAUUGGAAAUACUUAAUUUGAAAACCAAAGAGGAAUUCUAAGAAAGGGAAACAAACAAACAAAUCGGUUGUAUUAAUUAACAUAAUUUUAAUAUUUAUAUGAAAAGAAUAUUUAAUUAAAUUAUUUAUUAACAAUUAAAGUUUGUCUACGCAAAUAUGGCCACAAAAGCAUUACAAUUUAAUUUUAUUCAACAGGAGGUUCGUCCAAAUUCUAUAGCCGAUGUUAAGGUAGAUGCAUCUUUUCGACGAAUACCAAAAAAUGCCAUCUGCUUUCAUGUUUGGAAAAUCGAGGAAGAUCGUUUGGAGGCUGAACCUAAAGCUCAAUAUGGUACAUUUUUGGACGAUUGUGCUUAUAUAAUAUAUGCAUGUGGUCCAACAGGAACAUUUGUAAAUCAGGAUACAAUCACCCGUGAAGUUAAACCUUCUACCAGCUUAGAACGUUUCAUUCACUUUUGGUUGGGUGAGAAUGUGUCCGAACAAAAACGUUCCAAUGUGGCUCAUAAAAUACAAGAGCUGGACUCUUAUUUCGGUAAUGUGGCCACUGAAUAUCGAGAAACACAAAAUAAUGAAAGUGCUAGAUUUCUAUCGUAUUUCAAAAAGGGAAUUACCAUUAAAUCGGGCGCCCUUUUAAAUUCUAACGAUCCUAAUCGUUUAUAUCAAGUCUAUGGUCGCAAAUGGAUGCAUUGUAUUGAAAUGAAAAAUAUAUCUUGGGAACAUUUUGGUGCCGAUUACAUUAUGCUCUUACAUACCGCUAAUCAUUUAUAUGUUUGGAUCGGCCGCUCCAGUAGUAAUGUAGAAAGACGUAAUGCCAUAGAAUUGGCCAAUAAAUGGCAAACGAAUGCAAAUAAUAUCACCAUUGUCGACGAUGGUUAUGAGCAAUCUUUGCCGGAAAAUCGUAAAAAUGAAUGGAAUACAUUUUUACCUUUAAAUCAACGAGCAGUCUCACAAAAUUCCCAAAUGCCGGAGAAACCAGUGUGCAAUAAAUUGAAAAUUUAUAAGUGCUGCUAUCGCAACAAUCGUUUGCAUUUGGAUCAAUUGGAUGUGGUCAUACCGACUAAAGAUGAUUUUAGUGACUCCAGCACGGCUUAUGUGUUAGAUGGUUUUUCUCAAGGCGUUUGGUUGUGGGUGGGUAGUCAAGCCUCUCAACCGGAUAAGACCAGUGCUAUGGGCAACGGUCGGGCCUUUGUUAAGAAGAAAAAAUAUCCCUACAGUACUCCAGUUAUAAGAGUUAUAGAGGGUCAUGAACCCAUUGAGUUUAAAAGAUUAUUUCCCUCUUGGCAGCAGGAUAAUAAUGAUACCACUUCCUCUGCCAAACCUAUUUCAGCAAUAUUGGGUAAAUUUGAUUCCUUGACUUUAUGCCAAAGACCCAAAAUGGCUGCAGAAACUCAGCUAAUUGAUGAUGGUUCGGGAGAGCGUAAAAUUUAUCGCAUUACUAAGGAUCAAGUUAUAGAAAUGCCAGAAACCAAAGCUGUAUUCUUUACUACGCUUCAGUCCUAUGUUAUUCAAUAUACCGUAGCGAGCUGCUCUAUGAAUCCUAUAGACAGUGAAAAUGUAGGCGUUAAGCAAAUCAUUUACCAAUGGAACGGCUCAGAGGCUGCCGCGGAUGUUGCCGCUAAAGCAGAGAAUUUUGCCAAAACUUUAUUUGAAAAAUCAAAUCAAAAAACCAUGUUUAUACAAAUGAUGGAAUUUGAUGAAACUCCUCAUUUCCUGCAAAUGUUUGGCGGCAAGUUAAUUAUUUUAUUGAAUGACAAAAACAUGCCACACUCCCAGAAUAAUAAUAAUCACAAUGGCAUUAAUGGUGGCGGUGCUGAAACUGAUCAUUUAAUAUUGAAAAUUUAUGGUGAUUCUACAUACAACUCCAAAGCGGUUGAAGUCUAUCCACUUUCUUCUAUGUCUUCCAAAGAAUGUUACGUUGUAAAAUCCCAUCACGUUUGGGUAUGGUGCGGUCAAUCGUCGACAGGCGAUGCUCGAGAAGUAGCCAAAAAUAUCGGCACACUCUUGGGAGAAAGUUCUUUGGUGCUGGAGGGUAAAGAACCCAAAGAGUUUUGGAGUUCCGUUACAAAUUUUAUGAAUCAAAGUCUUAUACCAAAUGGUUUGAAUAACUCUAACGGUUCUUGCUCUAAUAGCAAUGGCAGUUCUAAUAGCACAAAUGGCAGUAUUUCACCACCCUCUACAAAUGGCAGUAGUACACCACAGUACUCCAACAGCUCCCAUAACAAACCACGUCUUCAGACUCAGCUAUUUCUGGUGUGGUCUUUGCGCAACAAAUUCUACAGUGAAGAAGUUUUGGGCUAUGAACAAACCGAUCUAUCACCCGAAUGUGUUUAUAUUCUUGAUGCAGGUAUUAUAACAUAUGUCUGGUUGGGCAAACAUGUUUCGGCUUACGACAAAGAUAAAUAUCUUAGUAUGGCUCAAAGUUAUUUGGAAACUGUACCUAUAGCUAGAAGGCCCACCACCGCUAUAGGUGUAGUUAGGCAACAAGAUGAACCCAAUGUUUUUAAGGGUUUCUUUGAGAAUUGGAAUCAUCAGUUGUGGAAUAAUUACGUGACUUAUGAAAAUAAGAGACAACUUUUGUCCAACACUUCCGCUUCGUCGAGUACUAAUGGUAAUGGCACACAUUCAAAUGGCGAUGUUAAUGGCAAAGUUCAUCCUGCUUUGUUGAACAAUCAAAAGGAUUUUGAUUGUCAUCAAAAAUAUCCUAUAUCAGUUUUACAACAAGAAAUCGAUUUACUGCCAGCAGAAAUUAAUCCCUUAAAACGAGAGGUUCACUUAACCCAUGAUGAUUUUGUAUCUCUAUUCAAUAUGUCAUUUUGGGAAUUUGAUGAGUUGCCCGGUUGGAAGAAACAAGAAUUAAAAAAGAAAUAUAAAUUAUUUUAAAUGUAAUUUUUUAUUUAUACAUUUUUAUUUUACAAAUUUUCACCCCAAAAAAGGAAAAAUUAUUAAACUUAUACACUAUUUUAAACAUUUUUAAUU